GGCUUUCAACGGGCAAAGGGACUCUCUCUCUCUCCCCCCUUCCCCCCCCCCCCCCCUCUCUCUCUCCCUCUCCCUCCACACAUCUAAGGUUUCUUCGGCUUCAAGGUGAUGAAACUCUCCAGGACUCGAUGAGCUUGACUUCUAUUCCCGCCACUUAUCAGCCAGCGGAGGUGAUGGCUGAGGUGAAAACAAACGAGCCUUGUCUUGAGAACAAACAAUCUGUAGCUGCAUCAAGUUCUUCUCUUUCUGAAGGUAGUGGCAGUGCUACGCUGAAGUCACCAGGGAUAUGCAGCCCCACUCCCACAUCGCCAUCUCAUCGGAGAACCACUGGACCUAUUAGGCGAGCAAAGGGGGGUUGGACUGCAGAGGAGGAUGAUACACUGAAAAGAGCUGUUGCAGUUUUCAGGGGGAAAUGCUGGAAGAAAAUAGCUGAAUACUUUCCUGAUAGAUCAGAAGUGCAAUGUCUUCAUCGAUGGCAGAAGGUUCUCAAUCCUGAACUUGUUAAGGGGCCAUGGACGCCAGAGGAGGAUAAUCAAAUCAUCAAGCUGGUAUUAAAAUAUGGGCCAACAAAGUGGUCUGUCAUAGCAAAAGCUUUGCCAGGUCGUAUAGGGAAACAAUGUCGUGAAAGGUGGCACAAUCAUUUGAAUCCAGAUAUAAAAAAAGAUGCUUGGACAUUGGAGGAAGAAUUAGCACUCAUGAGUGCGCACCGGACACAUGGGAACAAAUGGGCUGAAAUAGCUAAAGUUCUACCUGGAAGGACUGAUAAUGCAAUUAAGAAUCAUUGGAAUAGUUCUUUAAAGAAGAAAUUGGAUUUCUACUUGGCUACUGGAAACCUUCCACCUGUUGCAAAAUCCCAGAAUGUGCUGAAAGAGACAAGUGGAGCUGCUUCAACUGAACAAGUGCCUGUAUUUCCAAAUAAAGAACCAGAGACAACUGCCCAGACUUCAUCAGGAACUACAGAUGCCUGUAAAAUUGAAGAUGAUAGCAAAGAUCUGGAGUCCUCAACACAAUUCCAAGAUAUGGUUGCUUCUGCAAUUGCCCCAGCAAAUGACUCAGUUGAUUCUGAUGUUAAAGUCUAUCCACUGUUAUUGGAUACAGAUCUUAGUAGUAGCCAUCCAAAUACGGUGCAGAAGUUUGAGAGAUCGAGCAAUGACAUUGACCAAGACAAAGCAAUAGGAACAUCACCACAACUUGAAAUUCCAUCAUGUGGUUUAUUGUACUAUAAGCCACCCCAGCUAGAAAGCUUACCAUGGGAUUCGAAUCAUUUGAAUUUGUCUUGGACGAAGGAAGAAUCUAUCUCUAGUCAAACUUCAUCACCUAUUAGUUUGUUCACGCCACCUUGUGUGAAGGGUGUUGGUUUUAUUAGGCAGAGUCCAGAAUCAAUAUUGAAAAUGGCUGCCAAGAGUUUUCCCAAUACUCCCUCUAUAUUACGCAAGAGAAAGGCAGAAGCUCAAUCACCUCUGCCAUUGAAGAAAAUUGAGAAGGUUAAUGGGGAAGCAAUCAGUGACGGGUCCCAUACUCCGGAUGGCCGAGAACAAUCUACAAAUACUUUGGAGGAUUCUGGGUUGCGAGAUGGUAGUUUGUGUGGGAGUCCUGCUUGCCUUGUAAAUGAUACCACUGGGCAAUGUAAUGGUAAAGCUUUUAAUGUAUCUCCACCUUAUCGGUUAAGAUCAAAGCGAACAGCAGUUUUCAAGUCUGUGGAAAAGCAACUUGAGUUUACAUUUGACAAAGUGUACAAAGGUGGUGAUGACAACAGAUCUUUGAAUUCAAAUGUGAAAGGAAAUACUCCUUCAACAAGAGGUUCCCGUGCAUCAAAGAUGGGUGUGACCUAGAUUAUAAACUGAUGUGAAGGCUAGGAUUCAUCUGAACUUAGCCAAAUUUUGCUGAGAAACAGCUCUGUGCCUGAGCAGACUCUGUAAACUCCACGAUUCGUGAUGAAACCAUCACAAAGAAGAAAAUCAUGCUCUAUCAGUAGUGUAGCAUCGCGAGUAAGUUAUCAUCAUACAUUACUCAUAAGUUCAGAGGCUUUGGAUUCGUCGUCAUCUGUGUAUGUGAAGAAUAAGGUGCGAUGAUUCGCAUUGGACCCAAGAAGGAAUAUGUCUAUAUUACCAUGGUUCUGUACAGAAACCCCCCAAAAGAAGGGCUUCAGAAAGCAUGAUCUUAGACUGGAAGUAUAGUUCUUUUUUCCAUUGACCUUCCUUGCUUUAAAUGUAGUCUCAUGAAGUACAAGGUCAUAGUUAACUGCUAAUUUUGUUGCUGGAAUCCCUUGAAUAUUUAUCAGACCAGGGAUACUUUAUAGAAUCAACAUUUUCUGUUGGUAGCUAAUUGUUUUAGACAACUUGGAGGUGUAAAGGAUUUGCUCUCUUCUUAGGUUUUUAUAUUUUUUCUUUGGGAGUUUUUUUUUUUGGAUAAAUAAAAUUAUCACUUGACUUCUUAGGGAGGGAGCAACUGAGGCUAUAACUCCUGUACGAUUUGGUUAGCAAGUACUUGUCUUUUAUCUUAUAAAUUUGUUUCUACAGUUGAAUUUGGA